AACUUCCUCCUCUCCUGUCUGUCUGGCAGCGUGACCUGAGCUUGGCGGUAGAGCUCCAUAGCGGCUUUAAGAUGUUAAUUCUAUCGAACAGGAUAAAGUUAUGUUCUCUGGCCUUUACUGCUGCUCGUAUGUACAGCAGCGGACCCGCGACUGCUAACAAGAACCCGACGGUUUACUUUGACAUCGCUGCAGACAACCAGCUACUCGGCAGAGUCACCUUUGAGCUCAACGCGGAGGUGGUGCCGAAAACCGCAGAAAACUUCCGAGCGCUGUGCACAGGAGAGCAUGGAUUCGGUUACAAAGGAUCAGUUUUCCACAGGGUGAUCCCUCAGUUCAUGUGCCAGGGUGGAGAUUUCACUAACCACAAUGGAACUGGAGGGAAGUCGAUCUAUGGAUGGAAGUUUCCUGAUGAGAACUUCAAACUGAAGCACACUGGACCUGGAAUCUUGUCUAUGGCCAAUGCUGGACCCAACACCAAUGGAUCCCAGUUUUUCAUCUGCACCGCUAAAACAGAGUGGCUGGAUGGCAGGCAUGUUGUUUUUGGCAGUGUAAAGGAGGGAAUGGACGUGGUCAAGAAAGUGGAGUCUUUUGGUUCACGGUCUGGGCGGACCUCCAAGAAGAUCACUAUCACAGAUUGUGGAGAGUUGUAGUAGAAUCCAUGUGAGCAGUGGACACGGUCGAAGUCUCAUCUCCUGCUGCAAUUUCAAUAAGAAGAGUCGCAGUGAAAGAGACUCUUUCAUGGCACUGAAAGGGUGCUACCUCUCUGCUGGCAAUACGUUAUUUCACAACCUCAUUAUUUUUUUUAGGUUGGUACUUACAUGGUGUUUUUUCUUCAGGUAACAACACACUUAACUGUAUCAUGCUAUAAAAUGUGAACUUGUAAAGUAGAGAAAGAAAUUACUUGUUCUGUUGUAUUUGAAUGGGAGCUGUCAAAUCAUUAACAUACAUUUCAGAAAACGGGGGCAUUUAUUUGAAAAUAAAGUGUUUUUCUGAAUA